ACAUCUGUGAUUACUUCUCAGUAGCAUAAACCAAAAGAAUAUGCCAAAUUGCGUCUCUUAUCUUUAAUUACUGUUGUAAAUUUCUUUCUUUUCUUGAAUUCUCAAUCAAAUAGAGUCCAUGAGUCCAUAAAUAAUAAGUACUUCUUUUCUUGGAUUCUUAGUCAAAUAAAAUCCAUGAGUCCACAAAUAAGUAUAUAUAUAUAACCCAUCGUUUUACACUACAAACUUGUACUGUUCCCAUUAUCGAUUCACCUCUGAAAAUUAGGUUUGGUUUUGGAGAUAAUGGAGUGGGUUAGGAUUUUGAUGUUCUGCUUGAUAUGGGUGAGUUUUUGGGACUCCAUGAAUGCUCUGCAUCAAGGUGAACAGCCUCUGUCUAAGAUCGCAAUUCAUAAUACUGUGCUUGCACUUGACAACGCUGCGUAUAUCAAGGCUUCUCCUGAUCUGAUUGGUGCCGAGGGGAAAAAUAAUGAAUGGGUGAAUUUGAGUUUUGGAAAUCCGAACCCAUCAGGCGAUGAUUGGGUUGGAGUCUUCUCUCCAUCAAACUUCAAUGGAUCCACAUGUGCACCUGAAAAUAAUAGGGAUGGACCCCCAUAUAUAUGUACUGCACCAAUAAAGUAUCAAUUUGCAAACUUCUCCAGUCCAAGUUACACAACGACAGGAAACGGAACACUGAGCCUUCUGUUGAUCAACCAGAGGGCUGACUUUUCCUUUGCAUUGUUUUCUGGCGGUUUCGUUCAGCCAAAACUGAUUGCUGUGUCAAAUCCAAUAAGCUUCUUGUAUCCAAAGGCCCCUCUUUACCCACGCUUGGCCCAAGGCAAAUCUUGGAAUGAGAUGACUGUUACUUGGACAAGUGGUUAUUCUAUUUAUGAGGCUGUUCCUCUGGUCGAGUGGGGUUUGAAAGGAGAUUCACAGAUUCGGUCACCGGCUGGAACCUUGACAUUUACUCGUAACAGCAUGUGUGGUUCACCUGCAAGAACUGUUGGUUGGAGGGAUCCUGGUUAUAUACAUACAGCCUUCUUGAAAAAUUUGUGGCCCAAUACACAGUACACUUACAAGCUGGGGCAUCGCCUAUUCAAUGGUUCGUAUGUUUGGAGCAAGAAGUAUUCAUUUAGAGCAUCUCCUUAUCCGGGUCAGGACUCAUUGCAACGUGUCAUAAUAUUCGGUGAUAUGGGAAAGGCCGAGCGUGAUGGGUCAAACGAGUACAAUAAUUAUCAGCCGGGCUCUCUUAAUACCACUGAUCAACUUAUAAAGGACUUAGAUAACAUCGGCAUAGUUUUCCACAUUGGAGAUAUCGUUUAUGCAAAUGGAUAUAUCUCCCAGUGGGAUCAAUUCACCUCACAGGUGGAGCCAAUUGCUUCAACUGUGCCUUAUAUGUUAGCCAGUGGAAACCAUGAACGUGACUGGCCAGGAACAGGAUCAUUCUAUGAAAAUAUGGAUUCAGGUGGCGAGUGUGGGGUUCCAGCAGAGACCAUGUUCUAUGUUCCUGCAGAGAACAGAGCCAAAUACUGGUAUGCCACAGAUUAUGGUAUGUUCCAUUUUUGCAUAGCUGAUACCGAACAUGAUUGGAGAGAGGGAAGUCAGCAAUACAAAUUUAUCGAACAAUGUCUAGCUUCAGCAGACAGGCAGAAACAACCAUGGUUGAUCUUUCUUGCACAUCGCGUUCUUGGUUACUCCUCUGGUACAUGGUAUGCUAAGCAAGGAUCAUUUGAAGAGCCAAUGGGAAGAGAGAGCCUGCAAAAACUUUGGCAAAAGUACAAGGUUGAUAUGGCUUUCUAUGGGCAUGUCCAUAACUAUGAGAGGACUUGCCCCAUAUAUCAGAGUAUAUGUGUGAACCAAGAGAAAUCCCAUUAUUCGGGCAUUGUCAAUGGCACCAUCCAUGUGGUUGCUGGCGGUGGAGGUAGUCACGUCUCUGAAUUCACUGAUUUGAAGACGAACUGGAGCCUGUACAGGGAUUAUGACUACGGGUUUGUGAAGCUCACAGCCUUCGACCACUCUUCCCUCUUGUUUGAGUACAAAAAGAGCAGCGAUGGCAAAGUGUAUGAUUCCUUUACGAUAUCGAGGGACUAUAAGGAUGUGCUGGCUUGUGCCAUUGAUAGUUGCCAACCCACAACCUUAGCUUCUUAGACAAAACCACCACUCCUUAAAAUGCAAGCAUGCCUCUCUGUAAUUUAUAUGAGGUAUUCUGAGUAUUGUUCAUUUUGUUUUCUUUGGGGAAACAUUUUUUAUGUUUACUUUUUCUUUUUACUUGUUUAUUUGCUUUGGAGAUUAAUACAUAGAAAAAAUGUAUUUCUGUUUUGGUGAAUUGUACAAUAGAUGUGGCUGUGAGUAAUUGUGACUCAUUGUUACAGAGAUAAAUGGUGUCAUAUUAUACAAUUCCUCUAGGAAAAUCUUGGCGUC